AUGACAAAGGAAGAUACAGUACUGAGUCGAAGGCGAGCUGCGCGCAAAAUAAAUUACAACGAAAAGGAUGCCGAUGAGGACGUCGUCAGGCGAAUCCAGCAUAUGGAAAAGACUCGCGAAUCAAUGCAUGCUGCAUCGAUGAAUAAGAUUAAAGUUCCUAAAUCAAAACAUCAAGAUUACUUGAAUGACAAAAGUGUUGGCUGGAAUUUUAUACCGACACUACCUCCGACAUUCAGAAAACAUAGCCGGUUUUCUAACGUCCUGGAUCUGGAGAAUGCUACUAUAGAUGUCAACUCUGAUACUUUGAGCCAAGGUUCCUCGGUGCUCUUGAAGAGAGAUGAUCAUAUUUACAUGGUUUCUGAACCACCAGGAGAACCCUACUACAUAGGGAGAAUCGUUCAAUUCGUCCCCAAGCCAGAAUUUAGACAUCUUAUCGGUGAGGGUCAUAAAUAUACUAGCUCAUUCCCUGUCAAAUAUUUCCAAGUGAAAAUGAACUGGUACUACAGGCCCCGAGAUGUGCAAGAAAAAAUAUUGAAUAUACACCCCAGACAACUCUACGCCUCGUUGCAUAUGGAUAUAUGUCCCAUCCACUCAUUUCGUGGAAAAUGUACUGUAAUGCAUAGAUCAAAGUUAGAGGCGCCCCAAGAUGAUCAGAAUGGCGUACUAGCAAAGCCGAACACCUUUUAUUACGAUCAACUUUUCGACAGAUACACACUUCAGUAUUAUGAUAUUUGGAGUACACGGCAGCAACUCUUGAAGUUGGGAUCUAAUUCAACAUUUUUGGGCACCUUGGCCAAAUUGUAUCCUUACGUCUUCGCUGAAGAAAAUUAUCCAAUUGAGCAAGUGCUUCAAAAGUAUGUUUUGGGUACAAAGGUACACGACGAAAACGAGUGGGAUCAAAGAUGUGCUGAAUGUGGGAAUUGGUGUGAAAAAAAUCAAUGUGUCAAGUGCGAUGAAUGCCGAAUUACUGUGCAUCUGUAUUGUUUAGAUCCUCCUCAGGAGCGAAAGCCAGCAAAGGGUGUUAUUUGGAUCUGUUCUAAGUGUAUCAAUAGUAACAAUACUGCUGUCGAACGCUCGCAUGGCAUCCAACACUGGGAUCCUUUGGAAAAUCAGCUCAACGACUUUGAUCAAGCCAAGUGCUUGGCGGGCCGACCAGAAAAUAUUUGGUUUCAUUACCUUGGUUCGAAAGUAGUGAAUAAUUUGCGAGAUAUUCUCACACCUGAGUUAAUGCUUCCUUAUCCCAUGAAAACCCUAAGAACUGGAUCCAAAUUCCAAUGGGAUGGGUGCGUUGGUGACGUCUGGGAACCAAAACCGUACCACACCGGCAUCGGCGAGAGAGGUGAGGAUGAGAAUAUGGAACUUCUAUGGAAAUCUGACUAUUCUAAACUCCCUGAAAAUCACCUUGACGGCUACGUGCAAAAAUGCCAAGAGCUUUUUCCACCAAAACUUGAUAUACUACCUCAGACGUGUAAUUUUUGGGAUAUGAUCCUGUUCAUUCUCAUGACCAAUGACUACAGCAUUGAAAAUGCACUCAAACUGUGUGAAAAAACCUUAUCGAGAAAUGCACUCCGAGAACCGACGUUGUCAAAGGUCGAGAUUAAAAAGUUUGAAGAAGGCGUCUCGAAAUACGGUAGUGAGUUACAUCCUGUGUGCAAACUGGUCGGCACGCAGCCGAUGGCGAUGAUUGUAAGGUAUUAUUACUAUUGGAAGAAAACGCCAAAUGGGCGAGAGAUAUGGGGUAACUUCGAAGGCAGGAAAAAGAAUAAGAAUAAGAGUAUUAUGGGUUCCAAAAAAAAAACCGAGGAUGUCAACAAAAAAUCAAGAGUCAGGAAGCCAUCUAAGAUCUUUAGGGAUAAUGACGCUAAUAUUAAGGAGUGGAAACAUAUUGAUGAUUCGUCGUUCGACUCUGAGAAAAUUUCAACACUAAAAACUUAUUUCAAAUGCAUGUUUUGUGAAAUUGAUUAUUCUCCUUUAUGGUACCGAAUCACAGGAGGUUGCAAUGAUGACCAUAUCAAAACAAGAAUGAUUACAGGUGUCAAUGAGAAAACAUCAACAUCAGAUAAGCUUCCACCUCGAUACAAAAAGAACGGAAAGAACGAACUAAAUUCACAUCUGGAAGCGCUCUGCAUAAGGUGCGCAAGGUUGUGGAGAAGGUACGCUGUUAGGUGGAUGACCCCCAUGGAUGUGGUAAAGAGAGUGAAUGGGAAAUAUUCCUCCAGUGUACGCGCUGCAUUAGACUCUCUCUUAAGUGACUGUAAUAAUACAGUUGUAAGAGUACCUUGUAGUAUUCUUUUCGAGAAAUGCAUCGAGUGGGAGCUGGUACAAGACUCCGAGCUCAUUAUAAAACAACGAUUCCAAGUAAUGGGAGAUCUUGAGCGUUUAGCCAAAAUGAAGAGAAACUGCAUUGCUGUUCACGGUCAAUUGAACAAAACUGUAAGACGUUUGACAGAUAAAGAUGCCGACUCUGACGAAAGAUUGUUGGAUGAACUCGAAAUCCUCAUUAACGCCCUUAGUCAAGAAGCUCAAAAGAAAGACAAAAAGGCCAAAUCAAAGAAAACGAAAACAUUACAGUUUGCCUCUCAAAGUAAGUUACCAGUAAACAGCAAACCAAAAAGCGCUGAAGCUAGAGUUACGUCAUCCACUGAAGAUAAUAAAAUGGUUGAAAUUAAAAGAGAAGAGUUGAGAGGUCCGGUGCAGAAGCAGAAUGGGUUAAAAAUAAAACCCGAGCUUGCCAUACCCUCUGGAGACAUUGUGCUAGACGUUCUUGUUGAUAAUGGCAAAACUAAGAUAGGGCAAAUAAAAGUUGACGAAGACUUCGAAAGUUUCAGGCUCUCUGAGGACCUGUUCUUUCACAUAUUCAAAUUCGACCAAAGUAUCACUACUCAAGCUGUGGAGCCUCGUCGCAAUGCAGAUGAGGAUGUCAAACCUCCCGAAACCAUUGUGGUCGCGCCAUCGAGAACCUUUUUAGGGACAGAGUCUGAUCACACAAGUUUUCAGAUUACGAAUACCUUCAAUGUCCCUAUCAUUCCUACUCUAAACAUGACCAAGAUCUUUGCAGCUUAUCACUCACAUAAUCCACUUUAUCAUGAGUGGUCCGAGGGAAGGCUUCCAAAGAUAACUUACGAACAAUUACAAAAAGCUAAUAAGAGAUAUUCCAAUGCUAAUCAAAGUAAUUUAGGGAGAAAGGCCAGAUCUCCUUCCCUACUUCACGGAAAAGUAGAGCUCCAGGAGAGUGUAGAAUUUUCUCAACUUUGUGCUGUCUGCGCGCAGCAUCUUCAAGAAAAUCAGGAAGAGCUUUCAUGUAAAGGCUGUGGACUUAGGGUUCAUUAUUUCUGCUAUGGUGUGGAAUUGCCACACGUUGUCCAAGGAACGAAAAGAUGUGUCUCUGAAAAAAAUAUGCAUUGGUUAUGUGAUGUCUGCUCCAAUGAGCGGAAUGUUAUCACAUCUACCAAUUAUCAAUGUUGCUUGUGCCAAAGGGAUGACGAAGCAGAACCCAUGGCGCUGAAACUUACAUCUAGCGGGUCUUGGUGCCAUGUAAGUUGUACAUUAUUCAACGAAGAUAUUCCCUACAGUUCCUUAGGCAAGCUCCAAUGUGCCGGUGAUUUGAACAAAGUGUUAUGUGGCAAUGCCAAAACAUCAUGCGUUUUAUGUGACCAUAAGGGAGGUGGCUUGGUCCAGUGUGAUCUAUGCUCGGAGAAAUUCCAUGUUACGUGUGCUCAGCGUGCACCUGGAUAUAGCUGGAAGUUCAAAAAUAUGAGCGAUUUCGAUUUUUCCGCUGACUUUGUUGCUCAGAAUUGUAUUGAUCCGACUUUUAUCAAACCGGUCGUAAUUUGUCCUAAACAUCAUGGUACGCAGCCGAAUCCUUACAUACCUCUGUCACUGAGGUCGAAGGAGGGUAUGUCAGUUUUGGAGAUUUACUCCAAAUAUUCCAAAUCUUCGCCUGAAUACCAAAAGAGUACCGUCCAGAUGGAGGCAAAUAACGUGCGAGCCCUUGAAAAUGCACGCGCUGAGCUGUCGAGUUCGGUGGACGCCCGCGGGGUGGUAGAAACUUCAAAUAGUGACACGCGGGUGGAGUGCAGAAAACCAUGCAGGGAAUGUCAAACGAAGUUUUCUAUUUACUGGUACAAUGAUCUGUGUUACUCGUGUCACAAUAACAUAUCAAGUCUGGAGUCUGAGCUUAAAAUGUGUGAGGAAGAAAGCAACGACGACUUUCAUGAGGAACUGGAUAGAUUGCGGUUUUUAGAACUCGAAGAAAUCUAUAUGAAAGACAUCACGAAGCAUCAACAGGACAGCGUUUCCGCGGUUGUACCAAGUCGCGCAAAGAGGGCACGCACACUGGGAGUCAUCAAGGGUCGCAAAAAGAUCAAAACUAAAAAAGAACAUUCGGGAACGCCGAUCGAUCAUCUUCCAGUCGUGGUUCAAACGUUGUCCAACAGGAAAUUGGAUGCAUCUGGAAAUAGUAUCGAAUAG